AAGCAACCCUAAUAACGACCGUAACGACCGGCAAUAAAACACAAAACGCGAAAAAUCCGGUUUUCAUGUUUACGUCUGUUUAUUUCCUCUUUCUGAGUCAAAUAAAUCAACAAGAGCUGCAAUUGUUUAAUAAGCGGGAGCUAUUUGAAUCAUUGGCUAUUAUCGCUAUUUUUACGUUCCCACGACAGCCUGGUCUACGUAACCGGAACAACCCAAAUUUAUAUUCGGCAAAGGACUCCAGCACCACUUCCCAUAAACUCUUUGGGGAACUUGUAUGCUGCUACAACAACAACAACCGCUAAUUUUAUUGGUGGCAAAACUUGCCAAAGGUGUAUAUGCGGAGCGUGUAGCAUUGGCGAAACCCGAUGGUGCUAACUUGCACAGCAAUUUGAACAGGAACAAUUUCGGUUCUGCAUAAUACUGAUUAAUUUGUGGAUAAGCACUUUAAACAUUGACCAAAGUCCAACCUAGGAGAACGAGUUGCAGUUUGACCAAAAUGGUUGCCCAAUCUAAGUUGAGCCAAGUAUUUAAUUACCGAUCUUGGGUACACGCCGUGUCAGGAGCUGCGGGCGGUUGCAUUGCUAUGAGCACAUUUUACCCACUUGACACGGUGCGCUCCCGACUACAGCUGGAAGAUCCGGACAAAAUUGGUGCGGCGCGAAGCACCACACAAGUUAUUAAGGAGAUAGUACUCGGCGAGGGCUUUCAAGCAUUGUAUCGCGGUUUGGGCCCGGUGCUCCAAAGUUUGUGCAUUUCUAACUUUGUAUAUUUCUAUACAUUCCACAGUUUGAAGGCCCUAUCUGCCGAUGGCAAGCAGCAAUCUGCAUUAAGAGAUCUUUUCUUGGGUUCAAUUGCCGGCAUUUUAAACGUGUUAUGCACCACUCCAUUUUGGGUUGUAAACACGCGCGUUCGAAUGCGUAAUGUAGCUGGUACAUCAGAUGAUGUUAACAAAUAUUAUAAAAGCUUGAUCGGUGGACUCAUUUAUGUUGCUAAAACUGAAGGAAUUCGUGGUUUAUGGUCUGGUACUAUACCAUCACUAAUACUCGUUUCUAAUCCUGCAUUGCAAUUUAUGAUGUAUGAACUGUUGAAACGAAAUCUGAUGAAGUUCACAGGCACUGAUAUCUCUAGUUUAGGUUUCUUUGGGAUUGGUGCCCUUGCCAAAGCAUUUGCUACAGUUCUUACUUAUCCGCUACAGUUAGUACAGACAAAACAACGCCAUCGCACAAAACAAUCGUCUACAACAAAGCAUACUUCAAGUGAUGCCAGCAUGGUGGAAAUAAUGUUAAGCAUAUUGAAACAUCAAGGAUUUAAGGGACUUUUCCGUGGUUUGGAAGCAAAAAUAUUACAAACAGUGCUGACUGCAGCCCUUAUGUUUAUGGCCUAUGAGAAAAUUGCCUCUACUGUUGGUGUUUUGUUGAAGAAACCACCAACUACUGUGCUCAAGUAGAUUUUUUGAUUUAUAAUGUGGGUGUCCUAUUAUACAGAUCCAUUUCCAAAAUAGUUUUAUCUGGGUGUGAUUAGUAAAUAUAAUUUUUGUUAUCUAAUAAAGUUUAAUCCUAAAAUAUGGUAAUAA